AUGAAGGGGGUGUUGCAGAAUGAUACAGUAAUAAAUGUAUGUAUUGGCAAGGAAUGGUAUCGUUUUCCAUCAUCGUUCUUCCUACCGUCCAGUGGCAAAAGUGACGGGGGCCGACUGUGGACAGCUGAACUAAAAUUCAUCAGAAGUGAAUUUGCCUUCUUACUACCCAAACCAUAUCUGGUCGGAUCGAUACUGCAAAUUACACGCGCAAUACCAACGGAAAUGAAUGAUAUGAAUCGCGAAGAAGUUAUCAGGUAUGCUGACAUCGAACAGUGCGAUUUUCUGGUUGAUUUGGAGACCCCGGAUACCACAAAAUUGGAGCCCAAUUUUGCAGAACAGAGAAUCCGUGAGCAGGAGGAUGCGCGUACUCGAUCGUAA